CUUACGUUGUACCAUCAUGGAGUGCUCAUUCGCCCUCGUUGGGAAAGGAUACGUCCUUGUCGCUGCCGACAUGAAGGUGGCGCGUUCAAUCGUGAAGAUGAAAUCCGACGAGGACAAGACGAAGACUCUUGGUCCUCAUCUUGUCAUGACCUACUCUGGUGAACCAGGUGAUACCGUACAUUUUGCGGAAUACAUAGAGCGCAACUUGCGUCUUCACCAAAUACGACACCAUCACGAGCUGCGCCCUUCCUCAGCUGCAGCGUGGAUCCGAAGAGCCCUUGCUGACUCCCUUCGUUCGCGUUCCCCAUACGCUGUGAAUCUCCUGGUUGGAGGCUUUGAUACGAGUGCUGCUGCUAUUGAGGAAGGCAAGGAGGAACUUGGUGGAACUCCAAAUUUGUAUUGGAUAGACUAUCUUGGAACUCUUGCGGAAGUUCCGUUCGCGGCACAUGGUUAUGGAAGUUACUUUGUGCUCAGUUUGCUGGAUAGAUACCAUAAUCCCGACGCUACUCUUGAAGAAGGCUUGGCGACGCUGAAACGUUGCAUUGAUGAGGUUGCAAAGCGACUAAUUGACGGUGUAUCUAACUAUAAGGUGAAGGUAGUUGAUAAGGAUGGUGUUCGUGAAGUGUCGCUUUAGGUGUUGCAUAUCUUUUGUGAUCCCUUUGCGCAUUUAUAAAAUGUAUGACUAAAUCCUC